UUAUGGUCUCCUUCCUAAACAGUUGAAUUCAUCUCUAAAGAUGGGUUCGUUGGCAGCUUGUUCUCUUCAACCGACCCAUACCAAAAUUUUGCCCCAUACUCUCAGCUGCAAGUCUAUCAAACCCUCAUUCCUCAAUUCUCAUUAUAUUCAAAAGCCGCUUACACUUCCAUUCAAAUUCCUCUCCUCCAGAAGUUCCUCGAACUCGAACCUCCGCAGACUCUCCUCUCACUUAACCUCUCUCACCUUACCCUUCUCUAAACUUUCACAUAGUUACUCUGCUUUCCAACCCAAUAAAAAUUUAUCAAGAUUUUUUAUUGAAAAAAUAGUGGGUUUUGUUAUAGGGUCAGUUUUCUUUUUUGGAUGCUUCAAUGUAAGAGCAGCUGUAGCACUGCCUGCUCAAACAAGCAGUUCCAGUGCAAACUUUGAGGAGAAGAGAGAGACCCAGAAAGGGAAAAGUGAGGAUGAGGAAAUGUAUGAGAAGAUUUUGGAGGAGGACCCAACAAAUGUUGGGGCUUUGAAGGUGGUUUUGUAUGGGGCAAUGAGGAGAGGUAACACAAAACAGGCUGUGAAUUAUGUGGAGAAGUUGAUUGAUGUGGAGCCAGAUGAGGUCGAGUGGAGGCUUUUGAUGGCGCUUUGUUAUGAGAUCAUGGGGCAACUGAGUACUGCUAAAAGAUUGUUUCAGGAAAUCUUGGAGGAGAGGCCUCUUUUGCUCAGAGCUUUGCAUGGUCUGGCAUUGGUUAUGCACAAAAAUCAUGAAGGUCCAGCUGUUUUUGUGAUGCUUAAUAAGGCUUUAGAAAUUGCACAGCGGGAAAAAAGAGUCAUUGAGGAGAGGAAUAUAAGAAUUCUGAUUGCACAGAUGCAUGUUGUGAAGGGAGAAUUGGAAGAAGGCUUGAAUAAAUUUCAAGAUUUGGUCAAAGCGGAUCCUCGAGAUUUUCGACCUUAUCUAUGCCAGGGAAUUAUCUACAGUCUACUGGAUCAAAAGAAGGAAGCUGCAGAACAGUUUGAAACAUAUCGAGCUCUUGCACCUGAAGAAUUUCCACAAAGGGGAUUUCUUGAUGAUGUUGUGUUGGCAGCCAAAACCAAAUCUGGUAAACAGUUUCAGAAGGAGUUUGAUGCUGAGUUCUCAAACCGGAAGUAACAAAGCACUUAUUCUCUCAGAUAUGGACCGCCAUGUGCAACUUUAAGGGCAAUGUAAAGUAGUUGGCAGGUGCAGUUCAUGUGGAUAAAAGUCAAACUAUGUGAGUUUCUAAACCAGGUCUGUAUUUGGAUUCAUUUAAUCGGUUUUGAGAUUGGCAUUUCAGCUUGGAAUUGGUUCCAGACUUGAAUUGUUGUUGUCUGAGAGACUCCAUCGACUUUCAGUUUUACCGGAGUUAUCCUCUUUGUCAUUGUAUGUCAUCAUUUUAUACAAGGCCAAAUUCUUGUGUCA